GUAGUUUUAGCUAAAGGAUCAUAUUUACUAAUGAGUGUAUUUGUGUGUAGGUGUACUGUGACAUGGACUCAGUAGGAGGACGUUGGACGGUGUUCCAGAGGAGGAUGGACGGCUCGGUGAACUUCUACAGGCCCUGGGAUCACUACAAGAAGGGCUUUGGUAUCGCUGCUGGAGAGUACUGGCUCGGUCUUGAGAAUCUCUUCCAUCUGACUCGGAGGAAGAAGGUUGAGCUGCUGGUCGACAUGGAGGACUUCAAUGGAAAAAAAGUGUUUGCUCGUUACUCCUUGUUCUCCAUUGAAUCAGAGUUCUACGGAUACAGACUGCAUGUGUCUGGAUUCAAAAAUGGAGGAGCAGGAGACGCCCUGAGUAAUCACAACAAACAGAAGUUCUCCACCUUCGACAAAGACCAGGACUGCAGCAGCAACAACUGUGCCAAAGUCUUCCUGGGGGGGUUCUGGUACAACAACUGUCAAAAAGCAAACCCCAACGGGGUUUAUCACUGGGGGGCUGAUAAAACUAUGAGGCCCAUAGGAGUGGAGUGGUACCAGUGGAAGGGCUCUAAAUACUCCCUGAAGACCAUCAGCAUGAAGAUUCGUCCUGUUCACUAA